ACACACAGGCACAGACACACGCACACGCACACAGCAGCUGUUGCUCAGUCUGUCUCGCUCGCACGCAUACGCCCCGUAGCCUGUCAACAUUUCGAGUCGCUUUUGCUUUUCUUCCGACGCACGAGCCAAAAAUACGAAUUUUUACACAUUUGACAAUCCGGUGUGUCUGUCUGAGAUUGAAAUAUGUACGCCGCCGUUAAGCCGCUGUCCAAGUAUCUGCGCCUGAAGACGGUCCGCAUCUAUGAUCCGAUCUUCACGCUCCACUCCAAGUGCACCAUUGUCAUACUGCUCACCUGCACGUUCCUGCUCUCGGCCAAGCAGUACUUCGGCGAGCCGAUACUCUGCUUGAGCGCCAGCAAGCACAAUGCCUAUGCGCAGUCCUAUUGCUGGACCAUGGGCACCUACAUUCUGCCCGCGGAGAACGACAGCGCCAGCGGCAAGACGCUCUCCAGCAUGGCCAGCAUGUGGGACGAUCACUCGCUGCUGCGCGGCACCAACUACAAUCGCACCCAGCUGCGCCAGCUGCUGGCCCACAACGAGCAAUACGCACGCAUCAUUUCGAUAGCCGAGGGCGUCGGCCCCGAGACGCGCGGCAUCACCAAGCGGCUCUAUCUGCGCUACUAUCAGUGGGUCUUCAUGAUUCUGCUCUUCCAGUCGCUGCUCUUCUACUUUCCCUCCUAUCUGUGGAAGGUCUGGGAGGGACAGCGCAUGGAGCAGCUCUGCUGCGAGGUCGGCGACGCGCUCAUCCUGGAGAAGACCUAUCGUCUGCGCCUGCGCAUGCUCACCAAGUACUUCCGCACACGCUUCACCGCCAUCCACUGCUGCUAUGCCAUCAAGUACGCCUUCUGCGAGCUGCUCAAUCUGCUCAUCAGCGUGCUCAACUUUUGGCUGAUGGACGUCAUCUUCAACGGCUUCUGGCACAAGUAUAUUCACGCGCUGGCCGCCAUACCCGUCUACGACUGGAAUCUGUGGAAUCUCAUGUCCUCGCGCGUCUUCCCCAAGGUGGCCAAGUGCGAGAUGUUCAUCUAUGGACCCACGGGCACGCCCAAUGUGCUCGACAUACUCUGCGUCCUGCCGCUGAACAUCCUCAACGAGAAACUCUUCGCCGUGCUCUACGUUUGGUUUCUCUUCAUCGCCAUGCUGGCGGCCAUUAACAUGCUCUAUCGCCUGAUACUCAUCUGCUGCCCACUGCUGCGUCUCCAGCUGCUGCGCACCCAUCUGCGCGGCAUGCCCAAGGCGCAUGUCCAGCAGGUGCUCUCCAACGCUGGCUACGGCGACUGGUUUGUGCUCAUGAGCGUCAGCAUCAAUGUGAAUCCCACGCUCUUUCGCGACCUGCUGGAGCAGCUCUAUGUGGAGCAUUGUGAGUUCCAUGCGCUGGCUCGCAGCAAUCUCAAGGCUCAGCAGACACAGGAUGAGGAUGAGGAUGAGGACGACGACGAUGACGACACCAGCAGCGACGACACCACAGCCACUGCCACAUCGCUUAAUCCAGCGCCAAAGUCAGCCAAGACAGUAGCAGUUGCCACUGCCACGGCAACUGUUUCGCCAGCAGUUAACCUGCCUUUGACUCGCUACAACAGCAACCGCCACAACGAAAGCCACGUCUAGUGCCACCCCCACGCCCACGCCCACGCCCACUUCUAGUCCCGCAUAUACUUCUAUGCAUGUUGUUAAACGAUAGUUUUAGUAUUUCUGGUUUAUUUGCCAUGCAAGACAAACACGAAAUGCAUCCAAAUGCAAAUAAAAUGAGCUAAUCAAAAUGGCAACUGCCAGGCGCUGCUGCUGCUUCUUGUUUUACUAGUUGUUGCCUCCCAUGGGGGCGUCGCUCACGAAGCAGCAGCAGCAGCAACUGCACUUAACUUAAGUGCGAAAAUAUUAAUACACUCGAAACUGUAGUAAAUAUGGCUUAACUUUUAGU